GAAGAGAAAUGUCUCCCCCCCCCCCCCACCCCCUCCAACACCAAUAAGUACAGUAGCUUCAACUUGCUCGACUCGCAAUUUGCUCUAAUAUUCUCAAUAUCUGGCAGUCUCGCCAUGUCUUCUUCGGUACCCGUUAAGAUUGGUAUAAUCGGCGGUUCGGGUCUGGACGAUCCUGAUAUAUUGGAAGGAAGAACCGAACGUUAUGUUGACACGCCGUACGGAAAGCCAUCAGAUGCCUUAAUUCUGGGAAAAAUAAAAAACGUUGAAUGUGUGCUCCUGGCAAGGCAUGGAAGACAGCACACCAUCAUGCCAUCUAACGUCAACUACCAGGCCAACAUUUGGGCGCUGAGGGAGGAGGGCUGCACACAUCUGCUGGUCACCACGGCGUGCGGAUCGCUGCGAGAGGAGAUCCAGCCUGGCGACAUCAUCAUCAUAGAUCAAUUCAUUGACCGGACAACCAAGAGAGCGCAGACGCUUUACGACGGCCAGCCGACCAGUCCUCCGGGUGUGUGUCACAUCCCCAUGGCUGAGCCGUUCUGCAACAGGACCAGAGAGCUGCUAGUGGAGGUGGCACGCACGCUAGGCGUCAAGUGCCACGCGAGGGGCACCAUGCUGAGCAUCGAGGGGCCCCGCUUCUCCUCGCGGGCCGAGAGCCUCACGUUCCGGCAGUGGGGCGCCGACGUCAUCAACAUGACCACGGUGCCCGAGGUGGUGCUCGCCAAGGAGGCGGGGUUGUGCUACGCUAGCAUCGCCAUGGCGACGGACUACGACUGCUGGAAGGAGCACGAGGAGGCGGUCUGCGUGGACAACGUGAUGAAGACCAUGAAGGAGAACGCCAACAAAGCCAGCAGCAUCCUGCUGACCGUCAUACCUCAGAUCAGCCAGUUGGACUGGAGCCAGACCAUAACCUCCUUGAAAGCGACGGCUCAGUCGGCAGUAAUGUUACCCAAACAUUGAAGAUCCCCCUCCCGAAUAAAAAGGAAAGAAUGCUCGGCUCAGCUGCGGGUUUGUCAUCGAUGAUUGGAAAUUAAACCAAGCAGUGUCAUAAGUGAUUUGAAUUUAGUCUCUGCAACAAUUUGUGGUUUGAUAUCUCCACAAGGGAGGACUUUUCUUCCUCAGAUACUAAAUCACUGAACAUUUUCACUUGAUAUUAUUUUUGUAUGCUUUAUAAUUUUAUGCUGUACACAUUUCCAUUUAUGUAUUUUUUGGCUUGUUUUUAUUGGAUAUCUUUUCUUUUUUUUUUCUUUUAGUGACCCUGUCGCCCCCACCUCUGGAACUCUAUCCUUACUAAAAAAUGUGUAAUGCUGUUUCUCUGUACAUUUAAAAAAAAAAACACCAUAUGUUCCAAAGCAUGCAGUAUCAAGAAUACACACACACACAUAUAUAAGUAGGUAGUUUAGAAGUAAUUCCCCAAACAUACAUUUUUUUUUUAAAUUCGGUGAAUGCCCCCAAUGUUAAAAACACAUUUUUCAUUUUGUUUCUUUCAAUUUCAUUUCAUUUUUUUAAUUUUAAUUUUAUUUAAGUGUCUCUGUUGAAAACAGCUAUUGCCAUAUGACAGUAAAUAAACACUGUGAUUGUCUUUGAUGCUUUGAUGCUGAAGUGUAGAACACAUGAAACUCACUUGCAUGCUCCAAAGGGAUUUAUUAAAUGUGAAUGUUGGACAGAU